GGACCUACUGGCUUCGCGCGCGAGCACUUAACCACUAGACCACUGAGCCAGCACCCAAUGGUGUUAAUGUCUAACGUCAACUACUGAGGAGUCCCAUACUAGGACGAAACGGCCGUCCAGUACUUCCAGGUUUUCCAUGGAGGUCUAGCUUCAAUCGACUCAUGAUUUCGACCUAUGAAAUUUCUAACCAUUUUGUUAAUGGACUAUCUAAAAUAGAUGAAUGUACUGGUUAGUUGUAAAAUUUUACAUAUUAUCAAAGCAAUUUGAAAUAAAGUACUUAUGAGUUUAUUAGCAGUUAAUUAAUCUGUAUGAGAAAUCAAACAAAAGUAAAUAGAUUCAAGGUUAUGACAAAUUGUUUUUGUACACAUAAAAGGGAGUUUAAAUUUACGAAUAGUCAAGGCUUCAAUAAACUUGAGAAUUCUUCCUUGCCGAUUUCUAUACAACGUUUUAAAAGCUGUAUUAAUGUCAAUUUUGUGCUCUGUUUCAAUUAGAUGUUUCGUUAUCGAUGAACAUGGUUUUCUACCUCCCACAUUGAUCGGGCCAUUUGACACCGAAUUGGCAACUGUGUAUAGAAGAUACAUGGAUGAUAUAAUAGUUAUAUGUGAUAAAGAUUUUAUGGUUUUCCAGUUAUUGCAUAAACUCAAUGGGGUUCAAAACGAUAUCGUAAUGUUUUAUGAAACAGAAAAUAAUGAUCGAUUGGCCUUUUUAGACAUACUUUUGAGUCGAAGGGAAGAUGGUACUAUAAGACGGUCAGUUUAUAGGAAACCAAUUUCAACGGGGCAAUAAUUAAAUUUCUAUAGUUCCUGUCCAUUGCAAUACAAGCGAGGCUUGAUUAAGUGUCUCUUUAAUAGGAUUCAAAGAAGUUGCACCACUGAUACGGUAAAAAGAUGAAAAGUUGCUAACUGACACAUUAAUAUCAAAUGGUUAUCCACUAUAGUUUAUUAAUAGGUGCAAAAGUUAGUUGACGCCAACAUCUCUCGUUUAUUCGGUUCCAAAGAAAAACGUUUAUAUCUAUCUGCCAUAUAGAGGUGUGAAUCCAACAGUAUAGUCUUAAGACGGAGAUUGAAAGCAGCCAUCGAGAAAACCUAUUAUACUGCUAAAUUGGUUGUGAUUGAAAAGUCUAAUCCCAUGAUUCCAACUAGACGUAGACAAUGCACAAAUGACUACGUCACAUCUCAUUGCAUUAAUCAAUUAACAUGUUUUUGUGGACACAUAUACAUUGGGAGUAGUGGUCGAAUAAUGCAAUCAAGGGUCAUUGAACAUGUGCCAUGAUGGCUUCAAAAUUAAUUAGUGUCAAGUGAUCCGAUCAGUGUUGGAGGUUGUUGGGAUACUCAGAAAAAUAUCCCAGAAACAAUUAUCCGGUUAAGUCUAACGCUACCCUUGAACGUUAAAUGGUGUCAUUUCCCUAUUGGUCGUUUCCCUACUGAUCAAUAUUUAUUUCGCGUGUCAUUUUCCUAUUGGUCAAUAUUUAUAGUAAUCCUAACUGUAUAAAUAUGCAUUUGUUUGUAAAUCAUUAUUCUGCUGCUCCUGACCCCAUAAACGAUUUUCCAUCUACGGUUCGUGUUCUGAUAUAUUGGAGAUUGGGAACAGUAUUGGGGUCGAACUAGGAUAUCUGAAGCUUGUCAAUUGGUAGAAUUUAGAGUAGCCAACUCGCGAUCCACAAUAAAUUUGGCGACGGAGAUUUAGCAACAAGUUGGUGAUUAACUAUGGAUCCAGCCAAAUUAGAGAAAUUGUUCGAACAGCAGCUGAAGCUGAUGGAGAUGCUUACUCAGACGCACAUAUCUUCUCGAGUGCCAACUGCACCGGCAAUUCCUGAAUCAGUUGAUGGUAUUACCAGUGGUAUUUCAGAAUUUCUUUAUGAUCCUGAUGCCAACAUUACAUUUGAUACCUGGUUCAGACGUUAUGAAGACCUUUUCAAAGUUGACUUUGUUGACAGAGAUGAUUCGUGGAAGGUGCGUCUUCUUCUCCGUAAACUUGGUCCAUCCGAGCUGGAUAAGUAUUGCAACUUUAUUCUACCGCAGAACCCACGCGACCGUUCAUUCGACGCCACUAUUCAGUCCCUUAGCCAACUUUUUGGUGAUCAUCACUCUUCAGUACCCGAUAUCGCUGCUUAAAACUGGUCAUGAAUGAGUCUGAUGACUUCCUGACUCACGUCGGCGUUGUUAACCGUGAGUGCGAACGGUUCAAGCUCAGAUCCCUCACUGAAGACCAAUUCAAGUCCCUAGUACUCAUAUGCAGUCUUCAGUCACCCAAAUUCUCCGACAUCAGAACUCGGUUGCUCAACCGCCUUGAACAAGAUCCAACACUGACACUUAAUGCGAUCAUAGACGAAUACCAGCGUAUCAUCAAUCUGCAGCGUGACACCACUUUGGUCCAAUCUGGGGGCCAGGGUGGUUCCGAAGUUCAUGCUGUUCAGCACCAAAAAAAAUCUUCGAGAUCGACAAACUCGAGUCCUUCGAACGCCAGCGCUGUUUCUAUCUCUAAUCACUCUAAACCGGCUCAGAAGAAGCCGCCCUCGCCAUGUUGGCACUGUGGAGCCUGGCAUUAUGUGAAGUUCUGUCCAUUCAAACAGCAUGUGUGCGAUCGCUGUCAGAAAGUUGGUCACAAAAGCGGCUUUUGCAAAUCCAACCGAUUCAAUAACCGUCGAAAUGCACAGACGCAGCGUCGUUUUCACAAAAAGCCGAUUACCUCAUCAAGGAGUUUAGCAGCAGUCUUCCAUACCCAUGCCGCGACUCGACGCAAAUUUCUGACCCUCUCAAUCAAUGGUCAGCCUGUUCGUUUGCAGUUGGACACUGCAUCAGAUAUCACCAUUUUGUCGAAAAAGACUUGGCGAACCUUGGGUCAACCUCCCAUCAAACCAUCCUCUCAAACAGCCGUCAGUGCUUGUGGGGGUCAUCUCCGCCUUCAUGGUGAACUCUGUUGCUGUAUUUCAUUCAGAGGUACAACCUUCAAUGGGACAUGUUACAUCACCGAUUCUCCGCUCAACCUUUUAGGUUUAGAUUGGUUCGAAGAACUUGGUCUCGCUGAUCUUCCUAUUAGCGCUGUCUGCAAUCAAGUCCAAACUACUGCUUCUACACAACAGCAUACUGAAGACCUUCGAAAACGAUUUAUUGAAUUAUUUAAGCCUGGUCUCGGACUUUGUUCCACAACUGAAGCUGUUUUAAAACUGCAGUCAGAAGCUACGCCAGUUUUUCGCCCAAAGCGUCCAGUCCCAUACGCAUCUUUACCUCUGGUUGACGCUGAACUUCAACGUUUGGAAACUGAAGGUGUCCUAGUACCUGUUUCUUAUUCAUCAUGGGCUGCGCCAAUUGUGGUUGUAAAAAAAUCCAAUGGUUCCAUACGCAUCUGUGCAGACUUUUCUACAGGACUCAACGCGGCUCUACAACAGCAUCACUAUCCGCUGCCGAUCCCAGAUGAUUUAUUUACUAUUUUAAAUGGUGGUACCUAUUUUGCUAAGCUGGAUCUGGCAGAUGCUUACCUUCAAAUUCCAGUCGCUCUAGAAUCCAGAGAGUUGUUGACAAUCAACACUCACCGAGGACUUUUUCAGUAUACCCGGUUACCCUUCGGUAUCAAAACUGCUCCAGCGAUCUUCCAGCAGAUCAUGGACACUAUUCUGGCAGAUGUUCCUGGUGUUGCCACAUACCUUGACGAUGUGCUCAUUGUCGGCUCAACUGUUGAUGGAUUGCAUACCAGAACCCAUUUAGUUCUACAACGUCUCCAGGAUAAUGGUUUUCGCCUUCGCCCAGAAAAAUGCCAAUUCUUCUUACGUUUCGUUAAGUACCUGGGGUUUAUCUUUGAUGCUUCCGGACGACACCCUGAUCCUCAGAAUACUUACGCAAUCCAACAAAUGCCUGCUCCCACUGAUGUCUCCUCACUCCGAUCAUUUUUGGGGAUGAUUAGCUACUAUUCAGCAUUUCUUCCAUCACUGCAUGACGUACGAUAUCCAUUAAAUCGUCUGCUAGAAAAGAAUGCUACUUGGAACUGGUCAACGCAAUGUGAAUCAGCUUUUUCAAAACUUAAAGCCAUGCUAAGUUCCAAUCUUCUGCUAACCCACUACAAUCCGAAACUACCCAUUGUGGUUGCUGCUGACGCUUCAACACAUGGACUGGGUGCCGUAAUCUCACAUGUCUUUCCCGACGGGUCAGAGAAAGCGGUGAUGCACGCUUCGAGAACACUAACACCUGCUGAGAAACGCUACGGCCAGAUAGAGAAGGAAGCGUUAGCCCUAAUUUUUGCUGUCCGGCGAUUCCACAAAUUCAUUUAUGGGCGCCGUUUCACCUUGCUCACAGACCACAAGCCGUUGUUAUCAAUCUUUGGAUCAAAGAAAGGCAUUCCUGCCCAUUCGGCUAAUCGUCUUCAACGUUGGGCGUUGGCGUUAUUGGGGUACGACUUCGACAUCCAGUAUCGACGUUCCGAAGAUUUUGGUCAAGCGGAUGCACUGUCCAGACUUAUCAGUAACCAUUCUACCACUGAUGAGGACACACUCAUAGCCACAGUAUCAACCGAAGAGGAUUCCGGUGCUACACUAUUGGCGAAUGCCGUUCGAGCAAUGCCUGUUACCGCUGAAGAUGUUCGGGAAGCUACAAGAGAAGAUCCGAUUAUCCAAGAAGCGAUCACCUAUGUUCAGAGCAGAUGGCCAGUUGAACAGCUGAGUGGUGAUAUGCAACAAUUAGCGAAUCGUCGCAGCGCUCUCUGUAUUGUUAACGAUUGUUUGAUGUUUGGUGAUCGCGUAGUAAUUCCAACAACCCUACGUUCCAAGGUCCUACGCCAAUUCCACUCUGGACACCCAGGGAUAAACCGUAUGAAAUCUAUCGCUCGAAGCUAUGCAUAUUGGCCAAAUAUGGACAAACAGAUUGUCGACUUCGUCAAAAGAUGUUCACAUUGCCAAAAAGCUGCGAAAAAUCCUCCUAAGUUGCCUCCAGUACCUUGGCCGAAGUCAGAAAAACCCUGGUCGCGAGUGCAUAUUGACUUCACCGGACCCCUAGAUGGUACCACAUAUCUGAUACUGGUUGACUCAUACUCCAAAUGGCCGGAAAUACUGCCGAUUGCCCCACCCUCUACAACUCGAACCAUCAAACUCCUUAAUCAGAUCUUCGCUCAGCAUGGUCUUCCAGAAACAAUAGUAACAGACAAUGGUUCACAAUUUACAUCUAGCCAAUUCCGAGAAUUUUGCCUGCAAAAUUCGAUCAACCAUGUUCGUUCUCCGCCAUAUCACCCGCAAUCUAAUGGACAAGCUGAAAGGUUCGUUGAUACAUUUAAACGAGCCAUGCUUAAAGCACGAGGGGAGGGGACCACAGAAGAUAUCAUAGAACGAUUUCUAGUUGCGUACCGGACGACCCCGCAUGACUUAUUGCCAAGCUCCAAAUCCCCUGCUGAGAUGCUUAUGGGGCGAAAGCUACGGACAGUUCAUGGUGCGAUGAAACCCAAGCAAGUGGCCCAGCAAAGCCCCCAGAUGAAGAAUACUCGAAUUCUCUACGAAGUUGGUACAAAAGUGUAUGCGCGAGAUUAUAGACAUGGAUGUGAUAAAUGGGUAGAGGGUGAAAUCACACAAAAACAUGGGAACGUCAUGUAUGAUGUCAAGGUGAACCAAGAAAUCUGGACCAGGCACCACAAUCAACUCAGGUCAAGGGAAGCGAAGGAGAAAGAAGCAAUUACAAAACACGUCCCACUCGACUUGCUGUUGGACACGUUUCAACUUCCGCCAAUACCUCCAACAGAGACGACUAAGUCACCUACUCAAGUAGAACAUCCUUCUGGUUCUGUGUGGUUGCCUCGGAGGUCGGAUCGCAAAAGAAGACAUCCAAAGAAACUUCAAGUAAACCCUCGGUUACGUCGCUAUUAACUUUUCCAAAGGGGAGGUGUUGGGAUACUCAGAAAAAUAUCCCAGAAACAAUUAUCCGGUUAAGUCUAACGCUACCCUUGAACGUUAAAUGGUGUCAUUUCCCUAUUGGUCGUUUCCCUACUGAUCAAUAUUUAUUUCGCGUGUCAUUUUCCUAUUGGUCAAUAUUUAUAGUAAUCCUAACUGUAUAAAUAUGCAUUUGUUUGUAAAUCAUUAUUCUGCUGCUCCUGACCCCAUAAACGAUUUUCCAUCUACGGUUCGUGUUCUGAUAUAUUGGAGAUUGGGAACAGUAUUGGGGUCGAACUAGGAUAUCUGAAGCUUGUCAAUUGGUAGAAUUUAGAGUAGCCAACUCGCGAUCCACAAUAGAGGUAGAAAACCAUGUUCAUCGAUAGCGAAACUUAUAAUUGAAACGGGGCACAAAAUUGACAUUAAUACAACUUUUAAAACGUUGUAUAGAAAUUGUCAAGGACUAAUUCUCAAGUUUAUUGAAGCCUUGUCUAUUCGUAAAUUUAAACUCCCCUUAUGUGUACAAAAAUACUUUGUCGUAACCUUGAAUUUACCUUGGUAUUCCUUAAGUCAUUCUAUGGCCUAGGAUAACGCGACAAUUUCUUAUUCUUUCUCUCUCCUUUGUUACCUUGUUUAUUUGAAUUUUCAUUUAAUUGACCUUUAUUAAUUUUCAUAUAAAAUGCCCUGACAAGUCAUAUAUGUUUGACCAGAUUGUUCGAAAUGUAUAAUAGCAAAUACAUCACAUUUUUCAGAUC